ACGAGGCUGCAGGUGCUGCAAAUGGCGGUGUUCUUGGUAAAUAAUUGUACAUUUCAAGGAUGCGGAUUGACAUUUACAUCACUAGCAGAUCUUAUUCAACACAUCGAAGAAACGCACAUAGACAGUGACCCACGGUUGAAUGAGAAACGGGAAGUGCAGCAGCCUGCAGCAGUUGCGUUAAGCUAUGUCUUAAAAUUUUUCACGGAAGCAGCAAAGAAAGAUGGCGGCAUGGUUAAGAAGCACAUAGAGCCACAAUCCCCAGCCUUGUCGUUGCCUUGCAGUACUCCAACAGAGAGUGAGGUAGAUGAUGAAGACAUUCCAACGGAUGAUGAGGACAGUGUUGAUUCAUGGGCCGGGAGCGACGAAAUCUCACCCGAAUUUAUUCUCAGUAUGAUGAGUAAUCAACAUGACCGUGAUGGCGACAAGCCGUACUUGUGUCCUGUACCAGGCUGUAAAAAACGCUACAAGAAUGUCAACGGAAUCAAGUACCACGCGCGUCAUGGUCACUGUGGACUCAACAAGGGACGCAUCGAUGCAAGUCUCGUCACCAAAACACUGUACGCCACAAAUCCACCUGAAGCUAAAAAGUCGUACAAAUGUUUCUGUAACAAAAGCUACAAGACGCUGAAUGGGCUACGCAAUCACACCGCGGCCCACCACCCGACAGAACUGGCCCUCAAUCAGAUAACGGUCCCCGCGCAACCCGUCCAAUUCCACACCGGAGUUCUUCCCCCUGGGGCCAUCAAGACGGUCGCACACAAGCCGACGGUGGAGGCAUUCGUCUUGACAACGACUGCCGCCACAGCCGUCAGCAUCAACGCAGCAUCGAUGAAACACAACUCGGCGGCAGACGGCAGCUUGAAGACGGUUACCGUGACGACGGACAAACUGAAUGGCACGGCCCUGACUGCCAAACUGACCGGCUCGGUGCAGGUCAUCAGUCAAGCUGGGUCGGCCAUUUCAGUCGCCAUGACAACGAAUGCGGUAAAAGUCGAAUAGGUGGUCGGGAUGAUUUCGACGAUGACGAUGAAGAGUUUUGAUCUCAUUUGUAUUCCAUAGGUUUACAACAAUGAGUUGGAAGAUUGUUCCCACCUAUACUUUUCAUUCAUCAGUAGUAGACGAAUCCGUUUAUCUGGGCAAGUCUAAAUUAUGAUAACGGGUGAAUGGGUUAUUUAUUGCAAUAUUUUAUGUUGUGUUUUACA